AUGGACCAGGUCAGAACCGGUGCCCGAGUUUCAAAUGAUGAAAUCUUAGGUUUUGCCAAAUUAUUUAACGAUGAGUUAACUUUGGAUAACAUUAGCAGGCCUCGCUUGGUAAAUAUGUGUAAGUACAUGGGUAUCAGCCCAUAUGGUACUGAUGCAUAUUUGCGUUAUAUGCUCCGUAAAAGAUUACAAGAGAUCAAGAAUGAUGAUAAACUGAUUCAAGAAGAAGGUGUGGAGUCUCUUUCAGAAGCAGAGCUUCGUCAAGCUUGUAGAGAUCGAAGAUUGCUUGAAUUGCGUUCAGUGGAAGAAAUGCGACAGCAGCUUAAUGACUGGCUGGAUCUGUCUCUGGACCAUUCUUUGCCAUCUUCCCUCUUGAUUCUUUCUAGAGCAUUUUCCAUCUCAGGAAAGGUGAAACCAGAGGAGGCUGUUCAAGCUACACUUUCUUCUUUGCCGGACGAGGUUGUGGAUACUGUUGGUGUGACAGCUUUGCCAUCUGGAGAUUCUGUUUCGGACAGGAAGAGGAAGUUGGAAUAUCUUGAAAUGCAGGAGGAGCUAAUCAAGGAGGAGGAAGAGAAAGAGGAAGGGGAGCUGGCCAAAGUGGUGGAAUCUAAUGAUGGCAAAAGGGAUUUAGCUACGAAAGAGAUGGCUUCAACAACUGGACUGGCACAAGAAGAUGCAAAGACAAAGGCAUUGGAAAAACAUGAGCAACUUUGUGAGAUCAGCCAAGCAUUAGCUGUUUUAGCAUCAGCAUCUUCAGUGAGCAGAGAACGUGAAGAGUUUUUGAGGCUAGUUAAAAAGGAGGAUAAGUUCACUUGCCCCUUGAUGAUGAUGAUGAAGAUAAUAAGCAACUUAAGAAGCAUUGGCAUAAAGACAUAG